UUAUUCUUUUCAAGGGUUGGUUAAAGCUACUCUACAGAAGAUGAACAAUGUUAUUGGAAAUUCUUCAGAUUUCAUAUUGGAAGGUUUCUUUUUCCCAUCAGAUGCAAGGGCGUCUCUGUUUCUGUUAACCCUUUCUGGGUAUAUGGUCAUUGUUUUUGUGAAUGUCCUGGUAUUUUUAGUUAUAACACUUCACAAGAAUUUACAUGAGCCAAUGUAUGUAAUGUUAUGCAACAUGAUUGUCUGCGACUUAAUCGGAAGCUCCGCUUUAAUGCCACGAUUAAUGUCCGACUUCUUCGUUGAUGUGAAGAUCAUCUCCUUUGAAGCAUGCUUCAUUCAAGCUUUCUGUAUUCACAUGUACACAUGUGGGGCUCAGCUGAUACUAACAGUGAUGGCAUUUGACAGAUAUGUUGCAAUUUGUAAUCCUCUGCGCUACUCCACAAUCAUGACACCCUGGACUUUAGUAAAACUCUGCUCGAUUGCCUGGGGAGGCGCCUUUACUCUGGUCGUAGUUCUUUUGACGCUUACAAUAAGACUUCCAAAAUGUAAAUCGCUAGUCGUACAGGCAUAUUGUUUCAACGGAGUUUUGUUUGUAUUGGCCUGCGGUGAUUAUUCAGUGAAUAACAUAUAUGCCUUAUUUAUUACUUAUUUCCUAGCCACACUAUCAUUAUCGGCCAUAGUUUUCACAUACACUAAAAUUCUAAUAGCAUGUUUUUUCAAAUCGCAAAGCAACUCCAAAAGUAAAGCCAUUCACACCUGCGCGACACACUUAACUGUUUACAUCCUGUUCGGAAUAACUCUUUUAUUUUCAAUUAUGGCUUUGCGUUUUCCAAAUAUCAAUCCAAAUACCACUAAGGCAAUCGGAACUUUAAUGAUUACCAUCCCGCCUUGUCUGAACCCUAUGAUUUAUGGCAUAAACACUAAAGAAAUUCGUAAUAAUGUGCUCAAAUGCCUUAAAAGUAAACUAUCACCUAUUUAGAGGGGCAGGAACAUUAUUUAGUAUAUUAAGAGAGACAAUAUAAUAAAAUACAUCUUCGGAAGGUCGAUCCUGCCAAAAAAUAUUUUGAAGCAAAUUCUGCUCUUUGUAAAUAUGGCUUACUCUAUUCAUUGGGGUUUUUUUUUUUAUGUAAGCUUAAAUCGGUGUAAGUUCUCUGUGUCCGCCUGCAUUGAACUGUAUUUUAAAUAAUAAUUUUAUUUGGUCCUAGCAAUUUUGUCAUUUGGAUUUAGGUAUGUUAUAUUUUUAUGGUAAAAGAAGGUUGUAAUUUUAAAAACUGUUGCAGUAUUUUCUAUUAUUUCCAGGAUGUAAUUGCUUUAGGUUAUACUUUACAUUGCAUUUUUACUUUAAUAAAAGUGUGCUGAACCAUUGAAAGAAGAAGUAGGCAAGUAAUAUUUGUUCUGAAUAACAAUUGUCAAUACGUUUAUCUUUAUAAAGUAAGCAAGCACAGAAUUAUUGUUAGCAAACAAUGAAAUAAGUAGUGUUAUGUUAAUGUU